CGCAGCCAGCAGGGUCCCCUAGUGAUCGCCACGAAAAGUCAACAGGAAGUCUGCCAAAACCACAGCACGCCAAGGCUUGCUGAAUAUGCCGUGUUGGACCUGCGAGGACGUAAAGAGAAGACGGCUUUGAAGACUACGUGGGCCAGAGUUAUCAUGGCUGAGAUGGAGGACGAGCAGCUGGAUCAUCUCACCAGUGGGGAAGAGGACUUGGAAAAAGCUGAUGAGUGCAGUGGCGACGCGUCUGCUGAGAAAGAAGAACAAGCAGAGGAGAAUAGAGAAGCGACAUCUGAGUUGCAGACAGAGGUUGAGGAGGUCAAACCAGAGGUUGGACAGACACCUGAGGAGUCCUGCGAUCAAGAUGACUCCUCAGAAGUGGACACAGAGAGCAGACAGGAGGAAGCAGAGAAGAUUCUGCGGUUUGCCCAUGACUUCCCCGAGUCGCUGUUCGAGCUGCUCUGCACGCUGCAGGAGGGCCGACGACUCAACGACCAGCGCUGCUCAUUCAUGCUGGACACCACCAUCAGGAGGAGGAGGUGUCACUCCGAGCCUAACACGCGCAGGCCGGCCAACAGAGUCGUCUUCUCCUCCAUGACCUCGCUGCAGAAAGAGGAGUUCUUGGACCUUGUCGCGACCGCUCAAGCCCGCCGUCUGGACGACCAGAGAGCCGAGCUGGAAAAGUCCCCCCCCAUCAAACCCAAAUCCAGAAGUUUCCGAGGAAGCUUGAGGCAGCUGUCCUUGGUGAGAAGACCAGAGAAGCCUCCAGAGGUUCCCAAAGAGGACCUGUACAACAUGAUUCUCACCACACAGGCUCAAGGGCGUCUGGAGGACCAGCGCAGCCGAGCUCCCGGCCCCAUGGACGAUGAGGACUUCUUCUCUCUCCUCUUGAGGGUGCAGGGGGGGCGGAUGGAGGAGCAGAGGACUGAACUGCCGUGUCUGCUGCAAACCUGAGUUCAGUUCAUGCCACUGUUUGUUUAAAGCGCUUUCCAUGUAAAUAAGAUGGACUUAUUUUCUCCAAGGCUUUUUAUAGAUGAGUUCAGGAAGUUUUCAUCAGAACUUUGACCCAGCAGCUUUAAGGAAAUGAACCAAUCUUCCAACGAACAGCAAAUAAACGUAUCUAUUGAAUCACUGUUAUCACAUGGAUCUUCUGACAGGGAAGCAACGUGAUAAAGGACCUUCAGUUUGGAGAUCCACAUGUAUCACAGGAACAAAACAGGAUAGUAUAGGGAAUUGAAAUGGUGGGUAGUGGGACUCUGGGUCACAUGACCAACAAGCUGAGAACAUAAAAAUCUGGGGGCCACCUGGGAGCAGCACCAGCAAAAGAAAGGUUACCCCACUGUUUACAUUUUAACAUUGAAAUUGCCCUGAAAAACACGAGACCUGCUCAAUCACGAACCAAGUUGUUUUGUAUAGUGCUAAAUUUCUUUGUGUUGGUUGUGUUCUUGGUUUGAAAUUUUGUUCCCAGCCUGUUUGAGUUGUACACCCCAUGUUUAAAGGCUAAGGAGGAGCAAGCGUAUGGUGGCUUUAUUAGCAAACAUCGAAGGUUUGACUUGGACCCUUGAAUCCACACUGGUG